UUGUUGCCGUGUUAAGAAAGUUAAUAAUCUCUCUGUGUUUGGUUUCUUUGAUAAACUUUGUUAAUUUAUAGGCAGAUCUUCGCAUCUAAUGUAAACAACAUGGCGGUCAUAACGCGGGUUCCUGAGAAAAAUCUUUGGGAAGAAAUAUGUAAAGAAUUCGCUGCAAGAUCAGCUCCAGCACGGUCUGAAGAUGAAAUGUCAGUCAAAACAGAGUAUCAGGAUUUUGAUCCUGCCAAACAUAAUCCUGUUUUCUAUGGAAAGAUGCAUGAACGAGUACAAGUUGACGCUGAUGUGAUGAAAGAUGCAGAUGUCUCUGCCAGUCACCCGUCAUGCGUGGGGUACACAUUCACUGAUAAACCUCCUGAAACUCCUCAAUCACCUCCCCCAUCACCACCUCAUAAAGAUACAUGUACACCAAGGGAGUAUUUAGAACAUUAUGUUUUUCCUUGGCUAUUGCCUGCAUUAGAGGAUAUGCUAAGACAGGCAAAGAAAGAAAAGUGUUUAGAAAGAAAAAGAACAGCUUUUAAUGCAUUAGACUACAUCACAGAACAUUUGUACAGAAAUAAUCCUAAGUAUGAUGACAGACAAGACAUCAAGUUUGAGAAGAUUCCUUUUGUUGCAAAGCAUUGGGAAACUCACCCCAGGCCUCCACUCCCACUUUCCCUCAUUUGGACCGAGGAGGAGGCAGCUUUGGUCAUUCAGUCACAGUGGAGGGGAUAUCUGGUAAGAAAAGAUCCUGAGGUUCAAGAAUUACGACAGUGGCAGCGAGAGUGGAGAGAGGAAAACGACAAUAUCAACCAGCGAGUCAGUGAAUUCUGGGACAAAAAGAUGCCAGACUGGAAGAACCCCACCCCUAAUGCAUCAGAGGACCAACUCAAAGUGGAAAAUAAAGAAAUAAAAGUGGAGUCACCCACCAGACAGAGCUAAAAAUAUCCACAGGAAAACUGGAUAUGAUUGAAAUGAAAUAUUGUUAACUUGACAAAAACAACAAAAAAAAUUGCACUUAGAUAUUUACUGAAAAUAAGCAAGUGAAUGAUUUCAGUUACAACGAUCUUCAGAAAUCCACGAUAACUGAAGAUUUAUUUAGUUGAAGUAAUAAAUGGUUCAGUACUCUGUGGAAAAGUGAAAAAAAAAGUUAAGCUAUAAAUAUCAUUUUUGUAUCUGUGAUAAUACAAAUACUUGUGUUAUUGUUGUGAAAUAAUGUUACAUAACAAAAAAAGAAUAUUUUUGUUUAAAUUUGUUUCUUAUCCUAAACAGGUUUAG